AUGGCCUCUGUCGCCCGUAAUAAAUGGGGUCUGAGCUACAAGGCCAGGAGGGCCACCUAUGUGGCGGUAACCCAACAGAUUAUCACCUACGGUUGUAAAGUUUGGGGAUACAGGGUGUCAAACGCUCAUAUUAAGCGUAAAUUGUUAUUAAUUCAGAGGCUAGCGGCCAUCUAUGUGGCAAGGGCGUAUAGGACGGCCUUGACUGACGGGCUCCUGGCGAUAGCAAACCUGAUGCCGGUGGACCUGCUUAUAGCAGAAAGGUAUAUUUCUUAUAAUAUGAGGAAGUUAGACGAAAAGAAAAUCACUAAAGAAGACUGCGACAAAAAGGUAGCUCCUUUUGUGGUAGGAGAUGUCAUUCCUAAUCUGUCAACCCUUAUCAUGGAAAAGGGGCUGGAUAUCACGACACCAUUAAACCUACAUCCCGCAACGAAUAAAAACUAUGAAAUCUCCCUCGACAACUACAAUCAAACAAGCAACAGUAUCAAUAUUUAUACGGACGGUUCCCACACGGACGAUGGUACGAAGGGUGCUAUUGUAAUUCACACGACAACGGGAAAGACCACCUACCAGAAAUAUUUCAGGCUGGCAAAUUAUUCUUCGAAAAAUCAAGCCGAAUCUCUUGCCAUUUGGAAAGCCAUUGAAUGUGUCACCAACAAUAGUGGGAAGCUUAAAGGAAGUGAAAUCAUUAUAAACACUGAUAGCAGAGUAGCAUUACACCAAAUUAGUAAAGGUAAUACCAAACUUCCAAUAAUUAAAAAUAUUCUGUGUGUCUUAGAUACCCUUCGGACCCCAAUUAUUCUUAAGUGGAUAAGGGGCCACUCUGGUAUCAAGGGCAAUGAGCAGGCGGACUUGCUAGCUAGAAAAGCAAUCACCAAUCUCAAAGACAGUACGUAUGACAAGAUCCCCUUAAGCUGGGUCAGAAAGAAUCUGCACACUUACUUCAUUGGCCGCUGGCAAUUCCAGUGGAACAACAGUAACACCGGAAGGACGGUACACAGAUUCCUUCCCUCAAUCACUGACAGGAAGAAAUAUCACCACUUCAUCCCUAACUACGAACUCACACAGCUUAUCACCGGUCACGGCAACCUGAGGAGCUACCUGGCCCGCUUCCUCAACAAGGGAGACGGGCUUUGUCCCUGCCCCCUUGCCUCCUGGGAGGACAGCGAGCAUAUCCUGUGCUACUGUCAGCUAUACAACAAGGAAAGGAAAACUAUAAUUUCAGCCGCUUUGGAAGAAAACAUCGCAUGGCCCUGUACUUUUGAUUGCCUGAUUAGCAACAAGAAACUUUAUGAGGCGCUAAUCAAGUUCAUCAAGAACAUUAAAAUCUUCAACUGA